AUGUACAAAUAUAAGGACCAAUUUGAUAUGUUAAUAAAAUUUAUAUAAGUGAUUAAAUUAAUUCAUCGUCAAUCUUAGAAUUAAUGUGAUAUAAUUUAACAGUGUAAAUUCACAUUAUAAUCUGGAACAUAAAAUUAAAUCCAAAUGAAUAUUUAAAUAUUUAAUCCAGAAGUUUAAUCUUUAUAACAGUGAAUAAAAGGUCGAUAAAAAUUAUAGCAUUAAAAUUGUUAAACGUGCAGAUGGACCAGCCAAAUUUGAUUGUAUUUCUUGCUCAAUUAAAUCACAAAGAAUAUAUCUGGCUCUUGUUAAAGUUUGCAUUUGUCCAUAUAAUAUUGAUGAAAAAAUCUGCAAAACUUGUCAGAAAAAUACAUAAAUUUAAUUAAUUAUCAAAAAUGAUAUAAAAAAUUAUUGUUAAAAUUGA